AUGAACAACAAAAAUUCUGAAGGCAAGAAUCAUGAAUAGCAGGAGGAACCUAUGACUGAAGAAGAACGAGAAUUUGCAGAAGAAUUAGAUUAGAAAAUUUAGAAUGCAUAACAAAAAUUGGAUUAAUUAGGAUUAACAUAGAGUAGAUUAAGUUGGUUGUAAGAUACAAUAAAAUAGAGACAAGAAGCUAAUCCAUUGACAGAUGAGGAAAAGAAAGAGAAAUUUUAAUAAUUGGCAGAUAAAGCCAUCGAUAUUCCUACAAUUGAUAGACAAGGCAGAAAGAUUUUUACUUUAGAGGAGAUAUUAAAUAAUUAUAAUAAUGCUUGGGGUUUUUUCAAGUACAGAGAAUUACCAAUUUGUUGGAGCAAUUUAAAGGAUACAGUAAUUGUACAUUGCCUAUGACAUUUAUGGCUGCUUACACUUAUGAGGCUAUGCAACUGAAAAAGAUAAAUUUAAGUUUGAAAGAGAUGAAAUUGAAAUUAUUGGGUA